UUUUUUUAAAGUCCUCCCACAAAGAACCCGGACACUUGUGUGUGCGUGUGUAUGACUGCAUGUUGUAAUGUGACAAUAAAAGAUGCAACAUUUCAUCAUUUGCACCUAUGAAAAAGGGGCAUUUUUUUAACUUAAGUGAAAGUAGGUUAUCCACUCCUUUGAGCCAAAGCAAUAUCUGCAACAGGCACGGUGUGGCUUUGUAAAACCAAGACUUUUUUGUCUGUUUCAUGUUACUUAGAUAGUUUUAGCAUUUUAUAAUUGAGACGACGAUGUCCACCGACUGCCAGAAGACCACUGCCAAGGCCAUCCCGUCGACCAGGACGGUGACUGUCAACGACGCGGAGCACAUGCCUCAUGACUACUCCUCUACUCCCGGUGGGACCCUGUUCAGCACGACCCCGGGUGGUACCAGGAUAAUAUACGACCGAAAGUUCCUGCUGGAGUGUCGUAGGUCCCCAGUUGCCAAGACCCCUCCGCGAGGUCUGCCCAGCAUUCCAGGGGUGACAGGUUGUCCCUCCAAACACACCAGUGAGAAGUCUCAUAAUGGAGAACUACUGAAAGACACCACUGCACCUGAGAGCAACAACCCUGGUGAGGAUGCACAGUUUGAAAUCGACAUCUAGGUGGUGCCAGAGCAAGUAUUAAGAUAUCAGACUUACCAACAGGAUGCUGUGGUGAGAGAGAUUCAGGCGCACCUUCUCUUUUCUCACUAUCCAUUCCAUGAAGGCAAGUUCACCUGUAGGAUCCGCAGUGUCUUAGUGUUUCCUAGUCUAUCUUUGUACACCUCUUUGUUUAUUUUGCCCACAUCAAAACUAUCAUGAAACCCUAUUUGUUUAUGCGUGACAAAGUGUGCCUUCCUGUAGUGACUACAAGUUUAAAAUCAGUAUUGAGAAGUAUUUCACACCAAGUACUGAGAGCAAAUAAUUUAAAAAUGAAUAUCCAAAUGUAAACAUUUUUAACUGCUUCAGAAGGAGUUGUCAUUUUAGAUGCUUUUAUUUUCACACAUUUCCUGACACCUCUCUUCAGGUCUUGCCUUCAAAUGACAGAUACUCUAUAAUUUGUCUAUCGUGCUCUUAAAAACAAGUUCUUCACCUGAAGUGACAUACAGAGAAUGUUAGACACAAUUUUGUUGAUGACAGUUUGAAACAGAUUUUCAUACAGUUUUGUACAAUGACAAAAAAAGCAUUAAAGCAAACAACAUUUUCUCUUGGUUAUGUA